AUGGCAAGCAAGGCUAAGGUGCUCAUUGUUGGUGGUGGUAUUGCUGGUAUCAAAGCUGCUCUUGAGUUGAAGGCUAAUGGUGUGGAGUUCUUAAUACUGGAGGCAAAAGAUCGCUUAGGUGGUAGACUUAAGACCGUUCAAGGUAAAAAUACAAAAUACGAUCUAGGUGCAAGUUGGUUUCAUGAGACAUUAAACAAUCCACUAUUUGACGAAGAGCUACAUUUACCAAGAUCAGAAAGAAUCAAUUUCCAUUUUGAUGAUAUGCCUAUUAAAAUAUUUGAUAAAAAUGGUGAAGUUCCUCCAACAUCAAGAUUAGAAGCAAUUGGAGAAGAAAUCACAAAAUAUAUCGAAUUGAAAUGUCAAGAGGACUUAGAAGGUGACAAAUCAGUUUAUGAAUCAAUUAUAGAUUAUUUUAGGCUUAAGAAAGAAUUAUUAACUGAUGACCAAAUUGUACAUGCCUUGGGGUAUCAAAGAUGUUUAGAAUUAUGGCAUGGUGUUGCAAGUAAUAAAUUAAGUUCCAAAUAUUGUGAUGUUGAAAAUGCAGGUCGUAAUGCAUUAGCCUUAAAUUAUGACCAUCUUUUGAAAAGACAUACUGAUCAAUUAUUAGCAAAUGAUUAUAUUUUGAAUAAACCAGUGAAAUCAAUUAAAAGAACAGAUAACAAAACAAAAGUUCAAGUAAUUAGUACGGAUAGUGAAGAAUUUGUUGCUGAUUAUGUCAUUGUUGCAGUUCCACAGUCAAUUAUCGCAUUAGAUCCUAAAGAGAAGGGUGGUAUAACUUUUGAACCUGAAUUACCAAAAACUUUAACUGAUGCACUAGAAAAAAGUCAUUUCGGAUCCUUGGGUAAAGUAGUAAUUGAAUUUGAAGAAUGCUUUUGGGGUAAGGAUGCAGAAAGAUUUGUAUGUUUAUCAGAAGCACCAAAAGAUUUCGUCAAAUCUCUUGAAGAUAAAUCUAUAAUCCCAAAGUUCCCUGGAAAAGACAUACCCAAAACUUGGGAAUAUCCAAUAUUAUUCUUGAAUUAUGCAACUUCAUUAGCUAAACCAUCAUUAGUUGCUUUUACACAAUCACCAUUGACUGAAUACCUUGAAUCUAAUCCAGAUAAAGCUUGGGGUUAUUUGAAACCGUUAAUUCAGAGAAUCUCUGACAAGACUGAUAUACCAAAUCCAAUCAACCAAAUUGUUACAGAAUGGACAAUUGAUCCAUAUCAACGAGGUGCAUAUACAGCGUGCUUCCCAGGUGAUGACCCAAUAAGUGCAAUGAUUGCAUUUGAACAAGGGUUUGGUAAUGUAAGAUUUGCAGGUGAGCAUACCAUUCUGGAAGGUUGUGGUUGUGUACAUGGUGCUUGGAAUAGUGGUAAAAGAGAGGCAAAUUACAUCAUCAACUGUUUAAACAGUUAA